AUGAAGCUGCUGCAUUUAUUUUGUAUUGCAGUUUGUGUCGUUUUAUCUGAGGCUAGUGGCCAUUGCAAAAACGAUCAUGUUAUUCUAUCGUUGCGUAAAGAAGUAGCUCUAGUUGUUCUUCCAUUACUGAAGCAAACUACGACGCAAUUGCUACAAUGUGAUAAUCAAGAUUUAAGUUUUUUUUCGAUAGUCGAAAAGUUAUCAGGCUUAUAUGAAAGCUGUACAAAAUUGGACGAAGAUGUCCGUAAGUGCAAAAUUAAUGAUUGCACUAUCACGUUGACUAAAGAACUGCACACGGAAUACCAUGAAAUUGAGGAUCAUCAUAUUAUCGAACAUAAAGAAAUAAAUGAACACGAUGAGUGGUCCAGCAAACAUAAUAAUAUGCACGAGUAUGAUGACACUUUUAAUGACGAUUAUGGCAUAAAAAAUAUUUUUGAUAGCGAAGAAAAUCAAAUGUUUAUGAAGGAAUCUUCCGCACGAAAUCCUGAAAUUAUAAGACGUGAUAACGCCUUAGAACGCAAUGUCCACUCUCAAGUUCUCAUGCACCCCGAAUAUAUUGAAGAAAGUGAAGAAUUGCCAAAAAUUCCAGUCUACACGGGCGAUUUAAAUCUUUGGGAUGAAAAAGAUACCACAAAUAAGAAAAAAUCUAUCAAAGAAAAUACGUACAGUGUACAAAAAUACACAAUAAUUGCAAAUGCCCCUUAUAAACAUACAGUUUAUAAAAAACAAAAGGAAAUUUCGAAACCCCACCUAGACACGUCAUAUGAAGAGCUUGAUAUUGUUGAUAUAUUCAAAAAUAAUGGUCAUAAGAUCAUAAAAUUUCAACAUACAAUUAGUGUGCCUGCACUUGAAGGAAAUAGUGAAAAAGUUCACGAUAGAUUGCAUGAUUAUACAAAAUCAAGGUCAGCGCGACAUUGAAUUAUUUCAUAAAAGAUAAAUGUCUGUACAUAUUGAAAUAAAAUUAUUAAAUGUCAUGAAUCAAACAAAUUGAUAUUGAUUACAAAAAAAAAAACACUGCACAUUUCAAUCAAACAAACCUUAAUAGAAAAAUUAAAAAUUUUUUAGUAUUUUUU